AUGGCCUCUUCGCCGGCGGCCAAUGCCGUCGUCAGCGGUGCUUCUUCCUCCGGCGCUGGACGGUUUCCGAGGCGGAGGCGUGUGGCGGAGGCGGCCCUCGGAAGACAUACCGUAGUCUCGUCGAGCGACCGCAGAGAGUCCUCGCGCGGCUCCCUGGUGCUCAAGGUCUUCCCUCCUCCUCCGUACCCCCUUGCUUUGGAGUUGUUUUCAGUCGCUUGGUUAGCUAAAGGUUGGGGCAAUGUGGAUAGUACUUACGGACGGUCUGCUCGAUCAGCGAUCUGUACAACAUGCGAGGUUUUUAUGGCCGUCUUUUAGCUAGUCAAUGAAUUUUCGGAAUGCGUUGAAUGCUUGUUUCUUGUUUUCGAUCAUUUCUGAGAAAAUGCAGUUGCCCUCGCGGGGUGCGAUCUGGUUUGACGUAUUAAUAAAUCAAGAAGGAACCAAGACGAGAAAAUUUUCAUGAGUGUAUGCGGAGAUUUUUUUUCUUCUCCGGUAUCAGCUCACAUCUUCUUCACGUAGACACGAGUACAAUUCCCAAGGAAGGUUUAACACAUUUCCCCAGGGUGAAGUUCCUGAUGUGGAGCUUCCGAAAACUUACUGAAUGAAUAUUGCGACCAUUGAAACAUCGUCAUCCUGCAAACAAAAUUUUUCUCAAAAUAUUAAUCGUCUCUUGCACUCUAUGGUCCUUCAUUAAGCUGUAGAUAGUCAUCACGUCGCCUUAUUCUGUGCGAUGGAUCAGGAGUCUUUGAUCAUGUUUUCUGGUUGAAUGAUUGGGAUUUCUCCGAGGUGUUUCCUUCUAAAAAGAAAGACAUUUUACCCAAAACUUUCAUCAGCUUUCAGUUGGUCAUCCUCUUGCUACGAUUAUAAUGCGAAACUAACAAUUUUCAAUCACCAAAGGCUUCAGUUUACUCCUAGAAUCGAUGUUUCAGAACAGUCAAACGAGUCAUUCAUCUAUAUUUCAAGAGAAAAUUUUAGCCAUGGAGAUGGAAAUUUACUUCCUUUAAUCCACAAAAAAAUGUGAAGCUAGAUUACAUCUGUCUAUAUUUUUAGAGAAGAAGAUUCAAUUUACACUUUUCCUUCUGCUCAUAUAUCAACACCGAAAUUGCAAGAAACUGCUGUAGCUUCGAGAGCAUGGAAUUAAAUAGUUUCUUGUAGUGAAGAGAUAUCCCGGACCAAAAAACGAAUCUAUGUUAUCAAGCAAGCAUACUAAUGUCGGAAGAUAUUUUCUUUUUAUUCAUGCAACUUCUCAUGUAUCUCCCUUUGGCCAAUGCUCUAUAAUGUGUGGGUACAUAACACAUUUCCUUUAUCUUUUUUCUUCCUUAUAAUGUGUGAAUACAAUGCUAAUCCUUUUGGAUAUUCCUAACACAGACUCUCGGUUGAUCCCUCUUUCCGGGUAUAUGUUCUUAUAUGUUUCUUGGAGUUCUUAUAUGCUUCUUUCUUGACAUGGCUAGGCUACUAAGCUUUUGGGCCCUCCGACUAGAUUUGAAGCAUCAAAGCUUGAGGUGGUCUUCCUAGGGGAAGAAAUUGGGAAGCAUCAACUAUGCACCAGUUCUAGGACAUACACUCUCAGCCACUGUGACUUGACUGCUAAUUUAACCCUUGCGGUCUCCAAUCAUAUCAGCUUCGACCAGGUAUGUCUCUGAAUACGCAUCCGCACAUAAAUAAUUCUCAACAUCAUCGUAUCUUCAUCUGACGCUGAAUAUUUUCAUAUCCCAAUCAUUUUUUUGUAAGUCUAUCAUUUCUUUUUUUAAAUUUUACAUGUCCUAAUUUGGGAAAAAAAUUCUUGAUAUUUAACUACCGGCAAAGUUUUUCUUUGUGUCUUCAUCCGACAUUGCGAAUAUUUUCAUGCCCCAAUCACUUUUUUUUUUAUAAUUACUAUCAUAUUUUUUUAGUUUUACAAUGCCUAUGCUUAUUCUAUUCGGGAAAAGAAAUCACCAAAUAACUGUUUAAGCUUUACCUUGUGUGUUGGAAAGAUCUGGGCACUGUUUUUAGCGACUUAGCUCGUCUGCUGCAGCUGCGGAGGUGGCAAGCAAAGUUGCAGCGUGAUGAUGUGGUGGCCGAGUGGAAGAUGGUGAAAGACGAAAGAUCCUUGCAUGUACACUGCUACGUGAGUGGAACCAAUCCAUUGCAAGACCUCGCGGCAGAAUUCAGAUACCACAUCUUCUGUAAGGAGCUACCUCUGGUGAGUUUCUGCUUCUCCAGGGGAGCUUAUGCAUCAGGAGGGCUUCUUCCCCUCUUACCACGCUUCCAUAUUAUCAUCCGAGCAUUGCGCAUCACUGGCUCCUUGAUGUUACUUCAGGUUCUCAAGGCCGUCGUUCAUGGCGACUCUGUCCUCUUCGAGGAGCACCCGGAGCUCAUUGAGGCCUCUGUCUGGGUUUACUUCCAUUCUAAGUCAAAGAAGUACAAUCGCGUGGAGUGCUGGGGCCCUCUCAAGGAUGCGAUGAAGGUAAGGGCCAGCGCGCUGCAGGCUGCUACUUCCUCCGGCCAUUUCUCAUCUCAGGUUAAUAAUGCCCACUUCGAGUAGAUCAUGAUUCUUCAAGCAUAACAGCCAUCUGACCAGAGACUAGUUUCUAAUGAGCGGGAGUCAACCCGUCUAUCCAUAUCCACUGACUUCAUUUUCUUCAGGAAAUGUGAGAAUCCAGUGGUUUUAUUUUCGUCACGAAUGAAAAUGGGGGGCUAUUAUUCUCACCAUGACAGCAUUCCAUUUAUAGCUCCUGACUUCGUCUGCUGUGGGAAAACCCAUCUUCAGAGGACGCUGGAGGAUCAGUCGGAGGACGUCCAGACCGUGGUCAACGGAGGCUUCGAUAAGUGGCCGAGUCCCAAGAGCAUCCUCCACGCGCUCGUCGCCUUCCUCCUCUGA